AUGGGUGAGGAGAGGGAAGGUGGAGAGAUGGGUGAGAGACAAUGGGAGUGUAAGGAGAGGGUGGGUGAGAGACAAUGGGAGUGUAAGGAGAGGGUGUGUGAGAGACAAUGGGAGUGUAAGGAGAGGGUGGGUGAGGAGAGGGAAGGUGGAGAGAUGGGUGAGAGACAAUGGGAGUGUAAGGAGAGGGUGGGUGAGAGACAAUGGGAGUGUAAGGAGAGGGUGGGUGAGAGACAAUGGGAGUGUAAGGAGAGGGUGGGUGAGGAGAGGGGAGGUGGAGAGAUGGGUGAGAGACAAUGGGAGUGUAAGAGGAGGGUGGGUGAGAGACAAUGGGAGUGUAAGGAGAGGGUGGGGUGA